GUAUUGAUUCCUGGUGUUGCGUGGAAGUGCCACAGGCGGAAGGCACCCUGCUCGGGAGGUGACCGUGUGCUGUGCUGCCCGCAGGCAGUGAAGCAGAUGAAGAGGAGCGCGUCGGCUCGUGCUGCGAGACAUGGCCCAGCGAGUGUGGCGAAGGUUGGGGAUGAAGCUCUCAGCCCCAGCGGCCGUCGGGAUGCUGCUGGCCCUGGCCCUGCUGGCACUCCUCCACCUGCCCCCACCGCCGGACCACUCCCUUCUCCCACUGCCGGCCUCGUCCUCCCCAGAUCCCCUGUGGGAGGUGGCUGACCCACUAUCUGGAGGACCAGCCCGCAGAGAAAGGCUCCCUGUACCCCUCACUCGCUCAAGGCGGGACCAGACCCCUGGCUGGGGCAGGAGGCGGCGCCGGGGUGUGGAGAGGAAAACUCCCCCUUGGCUCUCUGAGGAUGACCUCCGGAAGAUGCAGCUGCUGGCCGGUGGGCAGGUGGUCUCCAAGACCCGCAUACCUGCCCAUGGGCAAGUCAUGCGAGUGGGGCUGCGGGCCUUGGGGGAUGCCAAGGGGAGUGCCUUGCCAGCCAGCCCAGAGGACUGCCAGGAUGGGCACUGUGGGCUCAUCAAGCGCCCCGGGGACCUCUAUGAGGUGCUGGCCUUCCACCUGGACAGGGUGCUGGGGCUGAACCGCAGCCUGCCCGCUGUGGCCCGGCGCUUCACCAGCCACCUCCUGCCCUACAGCUACACCGAUGGCUCCCUGCGCCCCAUCAUCUGGUGGGCUCCUGACCUCCAGCACCUGGAGGAUGCCAACAAUGACCAGAACUCCUGUGCCUUGGGAUGGCUGCAGUACCAGGAGAUGCUGCAGUCUCGCAGAUCAACGUUGGUGGCCGUGGAUGCCCCCUGCUCCAGUAUCCCACACGGCGAGUGGAGCCGUCUGGCCCUCUUUGACUUUCUUCUCCAGGUUCAUGACCGCCUGGACCGCUACUGCUGUGGGUUUCAGCCUGAUCCCUAUGAGCCCUGCGUGGAGGAGAUGCUCCAUGAGAAGUGCCGGAACCCAGAAGAGCUGGUCCUGGUCCACAUCCUGGUCCGGAGGAGCGCGCCAUCCCGCCUGGUGUUCAUCGACAAUGCAGGCAGGCCACAGCACCCUGAGGAGAAACUCAACUUCAGGCUCCUUCAAGGCAUAGACAGCUUUCCAGCGGCGGCAGUGGCCACGCUGCGGUCGGGCAGACUGCAGAGCCUGCUGCUGGAGUCACUGCGUGUGGACCGGGAGCUCUGGGACAGCCAGGGCGGUGCCGAGGGCCUGAGACCCCUGCUUCAGACCAUCGACAGGCGGGCACGGAUCCUGCUCCGGUACAUCCAAGAGCACAACCUGACAGUGUUUGAGGACUUGCCAUGCUGAACUGACCUCCAGCCAGCACAGAGUGCCUGCCUGGCAAAUCCCAACAGCAACAGAUGUACCUCAUGCCCUCAACAUGGGUGAUAUGAGACUGCUUGGCUCUCCACAAGGUAGAAUGCUCUGGAGAAGCAGAUGGGAUCACAGGGAGCAGGAAAGAGGAGGAGGAGAUGUCUCCUGAGACAACCCACAACUGCUUGAGAAAGGCAACAGUCAUCAAGUCAUGGUCUCAGCAUGGAUUUUCAAAGGACAUCAAUGAGAUUUUUGGGUGCCUUCACACAUACACACAUGCAUGCACACAGACACAAAUAUACACACACAGCUACUAUGAAAACUGGAGGUUUGGACAAUUGAACAUGGACCCUGGGAAGGGUUAAAAAGCAGUGGAAGAAGUCACUGGCAGCCUUUCUGUGACUUGUACUGGGCUUUUUGAUGAUGCUUUCCAAAACAUCCCAGGCAGAGAGGUAAGGGGAGACCAGAGAGGAACUUUCAAAGUGGAUUAAGCAGGGACAAGAUGCUAAAGCUGAGCUCUCUCUGGUACUCCCACGGAGGGGA